UGUUACCUCGUAUGAACACAUAAAUACAGUAUAUAGAGGUCUGAAUGUCUUAACACUCACUGGUUUGCACAAGCCUGCGCUGAGAUGCCACACUGAACCUCCUCACACGAGAGAAGUCAACUGAAAAAAACCGGUGUUGACAGCAGCUCUCCUCUGUGAGGAACAGGGUAGUAGCAGGAGCGAGAGAGUGAGGAGAGGGAGGAGGGAGAGAGAGUCUGACAGAGAGAGAGAGAGAGACUUGUGCGCUGAGAACCAGCUUCAGCCUCUAUUGUGGUAAGCAGGCAAGGGAAGGCGUUUAAGGAGCGGACUUUAAACCCACAGGCGCAACACUGGUCACCGCUGUAGAGACCCACGAAAUCAAAGGACAAGGCAACAUGGAGGAGGACAUGGAUGAGGGACAGACUCAGAAGGGAUGUAUGGAGUGUUGUCUGAAAUGUCUAGGAGGCAUCCCUUAUCCAUCCCUGAUUGCCACCAUCCUGCUGUAUGCUGGAGUGGCGCUCUUCUGUGGAUGUGGACAUGAAGCUCUUUCUGGAACGGUCACCAUCCUCCAGAACUACUUUGAGGUGAUCAGGGGACCUGGAGAUGGUCUGGAUGUGUUUACAAUCAUUGACAUUAUCAAGUAUGUGAUCUAUGGCAUUGCCUCAGCGUUCUUCGUGUAUGGCAUUCUUCUGAUGGUCGAAGGCUUCUUCACCAGUGGAGCCAUCAAGGACCUGUAUGGAGACUUCAAGAUCACCACCUGUGGACGCUGCGUCAGUGCAUGGUUCAUCAUGCUGACGUACAUCUUCAUGUUGGCUUGGCUGGGUGUGACAGCGUUCACCUCUUUGCCUGUCUUCAUGUAUUUCAACAUCUGGACCAUUUGCCAAAACACGACCAUUCUGGAGGGAGCUAGUUUAUGUCUUGACCCACGCCAGUUUGGUGUUGUGCCCAUUGGAGAGGAGAAGACUGUAUGUUCAGGAUCAGAUAAGUUCAACAAAAUGUGUGGAUCGAAUGAGCUGGAUAUGACUUUCCAUCUGUUUGUGUGUGCGCUGGCUGGGGCUGGAGCUGCAGUCAUUGCCAUGAUCCACUACCUGAUGGUGCUGUCUGCCAACUGGGCCUAUGUGAAGGAUGCAUGUAAAAUGCAGAAAUAUGAAGACUGCAAGUCCAAGGAGGAGCAGGAGCUGCAUGACAUCCACUCUACACGCUCCAAGGAACGGCUCAAUGCCUACACAUAAGACAGGAAGCAGCAGCGGGGGCGAGAGGACCCUCGGUGCUUUCACUUCCUGUUGAAGGGAGUUUUGGCACUGGUGCAGUCCAGGUGGUGUGUCGUAUGACCAACCCCAUGGCCAACCCAUUACCUCUCGCACAAACAUUAUUAUUAUUAUUAUUAUUAUUAUUAUUAGUGCUAGCAGUAGUGUUGUAGUUUUUUCCACAUUAUUGUAUUUCAUUUUUAAGAGAUUGUGCUGGUUCUUUUUUUCACCACAUAUUACAAUUUUUGAAUAUAUUUCUUUUUUUAAACAUUUUAGCAUCAAUACAUGAAUCAUUCUUAUGUAGAGGGUCGGUUAUUGGGGGGAAAAGCACAUUUUUCAUGUGUGUCUGUCUUUUAAGGUCUCAUUAUCAAAGACUUAAAUCAUGAAAAAAAAAUUUGGUAAAAAAAAUAAACAAUUCUCUCUUUCUUUCUCUCUCUCUCUCUUUCUCUCCCUCUCUUUCUCUCUUUUUUUAAUCAUCAGAAGGUAUGAAGCCCGAUACCAGCAGAUGGCUUGCUCAUUCUGCAUUAUUUUGGUAAAAGAAAACUCAAAAACUGAGACAGAAAAGACAAAAAACAAAAUUAAGAUAUAACAGAUGUACCAUAAAGUGUUUAUUUAUUAUUUUUCUACAGAUGUCAUUGCAUAGCUUAUCAAGAUGAUUACAAAAUAACAAAAUGGUUAUUAUUUGCUUGCCGCGCUAGUCAAGUUUUCAGACCGCAUCGUGCCAGUAGGUGGCGUUGUAACUUCUCUGAGAGGGAGAGGAACUUUCUGACCACUUUUAAGUGGACGUUAAGCAUUUAAAUCUUACUGUAGUGUCAGCGACCCCCUCUUCGGCAACAAUGCAACUCUCCCUUUACUGGAAGCAAGCGCCACAUGCACAACCCUACAGCGUUAUGACCCCCUCUUUUUUAUUUUCCUACACAAAUAGAUGUAGACACAGUAAAGCCGUAAGGGUUUUUAUUUGACGCUUUUUAUUUUCAGCUUUUGUACAAAAUCAAUGUGUAAAUGUAUGUACUGUAUGUUAGCACUUAAACUUCAGGUGAAUUCGUUUUAGACUGAAAAACACAUUCCAUGACAGGAUAGGGUGGGCGGAGGGAGGGUGUUCUUCUGAAAGCGAAAAAAGACAAGUGGUGGAGCAAAAUCCAGGUGAGACACAGUAAUGUUUUGUGAAAGUUUCACUUUUUCUUUCGGUGGGUUUUUUCUUUACAAAGGGGAAUAUGAUGAUGAAAACAAAUAUUUAAAGAGCUUAUACUAUCUCAAUGACAGUUACUCGUUGUCUUGCUAACAAGUCAUUAUUAUAUUGGAUGAUGGAGAUGUCUUCUCAUUCUUUUAAUGCCUGGCAAGUCAUGUUCCGUCAGUGUUUCUAAGAGCUAGUUUCGUGCACUUAUUUGACCAUUUUGUGAGCUCUUUCUUGGUGUAAGUGCAGUGGGGUGCCGGCUGCCAAGUCAGACCCCUGUAAUGUUAGGUAAAGACUGUGAACCUAAGUGUUAUUUGUGGCAUGGUCAUGCAUUCAAUGGUAAUCGUUUUUACUGGAUCAAAAAAAUAAAAAAUAAAAAUGAAAUAAUAAUGAUGAUAAUAAUAAUAAUGAAAAAAAAAAAACAAGAAAAACAGUUUUCAUUUCAUCUUUUUAUGAGUUUGUUAUAUGCGACUGUCUUGCUGGGUCAUCCCCUUUCUCAUAAUGUGCAGUAAUUUGAAUCCUAUGCUGAUACAUUGCGCUGAAACUCCUACUCUUCGAUGGUAUAGUGUUUGAUUUGUGCCUGUUUACUUUGUGGUGAUCUCUCUAACUCCCUCCGAGUCCUCCUCUCACCUUUCUAUUACUAUUGCUUGUUGAGCCCCUAACUUAAUGCUUUCUCUAACCCUCACCUCUCUCUCUCUCUCUCUCUCUCUCUCUCUUACUCUGGCUCACUCUCUCUGUCCUCGUAUAGUCUUUUUGUACUCACUAAAGAAUGCUUAGUAGAAAGCUGUACCAUUAAUUUGUUUUGUACAUAUAUGUGCCAACCGCUUGACAGUGGCUUUUCUGAUCUGUAGGGACAAACUGCUUGCAUAAAUAAACUACACUGGUGUACUUGUUAAUAAAUA